AUGUCAUAUCGAAUACCAAAUAACCCAUUUUCAAAUGGGUUAAAGUAUCUUAGAAAGUUGAGGACGGAAAACAGGGCGCGUUUAAUUGAAAAACGAAGACGUCUGAAUGAUUUAAAUGCUUUAAGUGAUACUCAAAACCAAGAAAUCACUGCAGGACUCGCAGUCAUAUCACAAGGAGAUAUUAACGUUGGGUGUUCAAUGAUUCACUCAGUGAUAGCAACAAGAAAUGUUCAGAUACCAGUACAACUCCAAACCGAAAUACUCAAAAGACUAAAUGAGGUGAAUCAAAUUAUUACCGUUGAGUGGGUUUUAGAAUUACUCCACGACUUGUCAAUGUGUUUGGAUGACACUUUGGUGUCAUUGUUGGUCUCAACAAGGCUCUUCCAAAUAUUAAAAGAGAACUGCUUCCAAACAUCAAACGUAAAUAGGUUGGUACUUUCCCUCAACACAAUGGCACUCAUUCUUCAAAACAGACAGAAUCUGAGAGACGAGUUUCUCUCACCACAACAACUGUUACAAAUUCAAAGCAUUUGCGCGUUUGGGUUGACAACUGAAAGCGCAGACAUAUUCAAAGCAAUUGGAUCUUUUCUCGCCGCGGUUGCGCACAAUUUACCUCCCAUUAGGGAAGAUGUUGCCAUGUUGGUGUACUCCCUAUCUCUCACUUACUUCGAACAAUCUUUUGGGGAUGUUAUGGCCAUAUUUUUAAUCGUAAUCAAAAACACAACGAAAAACUUCCCGAAAGUUAUUGAGAGUGCUUUAUCAAACGGAGUGAUGCAGACGUUUGUGAACGUCAUUAUGUAUGACAACGAAAAGUGCAAAGUUAGGGCUAUUAAAUUGCUUAGAUCGUGGUGUGGACAAACGGAUGAAAUCUGGAAUUCAAUGGACUCGGCUGUUUUUGUUAUAUUCUCUAUUGUCGAAUGCUCUGAAUCCCAGACGGUGUUUGAAGCUUUGAAGUUUUUGGGAAUUGUCUCGUCUUCUUCUGUUUAUGCCCAACGGCUUUUAAACGUGGUUGUAAGCAAUAGAAAACACUUGUUGUUUUUCGAAAGUGUGUUGAGUGGUAGUUGCCUGCCACUUUGUUUCGGUGCAAUCGAUGUAUUGUCAAACGUUUUUUACUGGAGUGGCGAUUCAAAAGGGUUACCACAAUUUGUUCGUGAUUUGUGCAAUUGCCAGAUCGCUGAGGCAAUUGCGAAAUGUUUCCAAAAAGACGAACUCUGUGAACACCAAGAAACGUUCAAGAAGUUGGUGUGUAUCACGAAAUCCAUUUUCGAGACUGUUGCGACCGAAAAGUGGCCAACACCGAAUCCCAUUGAUAUUUUUGAGAGCAUCAAUGGGCAAAUUAUGAUGCCCAGAAACCUCCGGCUUGACCAAGGGUUAUGUCAUUUGGUUGCUCGUGUCAAUUUGUAUAUGGAAAACAAAGAGGUGUUACUGCCAUAA